AUGACCACGGACAUGAAGCAGCAGCUGUGGGGGCUUCUUCGUAUGCUUCUACCUGCUUUGGGAUUUGCGAUGACGUGCAGUGGGGCCUACCUACUGUCCCUGCAGGCUCACGACGAUUUCGAUGUUUGUACCAUUCUCAUCUACAUCCAGAUUAUCUUGGGCUUUGUGGCUAUUGUCUCCGGGGUGUUGUGGACCGUCUGCCACAGCAUGAAGAGCAAGAUGUUCUGCAGAGGGAGACAUGAGCGGCGCAUUCAAGUCUUUACUGUUGAAAGACCGAGCUGCUUUCCUCCGUCAUAUGAAGCGUCAGAGGGAAGCCUAGUCUCCUCUGAUACCCCGUAUGAGCUUGCCGUCAGAGUGGAUGGCGUGGACAUGGUGAUGAUUGUGGCUCCUCCGCUGUACAGUCAGGACGCCUCGGAGCCUCCAGACUGUACGUUUAGCUGGGAGCAACCUCCACGAUACAGCGUGGUCGAGGGUCUUCAGCGAGGACAAGCGGAGGAGCAGAGGGAGGCCUCAUCCGGACACUGAGGGAAGAACAGUUUCUGAUUUCCAGACUGAGUUAAGAGAGAAGCU